UUUGUCUCGCGAGAUCGAAACCGAGCACCGAAAAUUUGUUUUAUUAUUCUCAUAAACAAAGAAAUUUCUAAUUAAAAAAUUACAAAAAAAAACAUUGUAUAAUGUAAUUUAUUGUGUCCAGAUAAACAAAAUCGUUUUGCAACGAAUAAAACCAACGUGCUUUUAUAACAGACAACAAUUUAAUAAGACAAAAAAAUAUUACUUCAUUGAAAAUUGAAAAACCAUUUCUACUCACCCACUCUCUUAUAUCCCACCACCAACCAACCACCCACCACCUGGCCUCGCUGGACAGCGUCAGAGUGCUUGUGCUUUUCGUUGUGGUGCUAUAUUAGAGACAUCUCGAUCUGUCUGGAUAUAUUUUGGACAACUUAGCUACAAAGAUGGAAAUGAAAAAGGUGCUGGACAAAGAGGGCCGGGAUGCUAAGAACUUGUUGGCCUAUCAAAUAAGUUCAAACAAUGAAACAACACCUUAUGAGAAAACCAACAUAAUAAUGCAUCGCAAACCUCCCCGAUCUCCCCUUCUAACUCCGAGUAGAAAACAACAACAGCAACUACGUUCAGCUAAACAAAAUUCUGGACCUCGAGUACGAAGUGCUUCAACAGGUCGUGAUAAAAAAUCCGAGCUGCAAGCUCGCUACUGGGCGCUAUUAUUUGGUAAUCUACAAAGAGCAGUCAAUGAAAUCUAUCAAACUGUCGAGUGCUAUGAGAAUAUAUCUUCAUGUCAGGAGACUAUUCUAGUGCUAGAGAAUUAUGUUCGUGAUUUUAAGGCUCUCAGUGAAUGGUUUAGAAUGUCUGGGGAUUAUGAAGCCACACCACUGCCACAGCGGCCACAUUCAUUAGCCUGGGAGGUGCGUAAGAGUAAUCCAGUGCCAAGAGUUCGUGCUAAAAGUCUUUCCAGUCCAGUGACGGUGUCUGGGAAGUCAAGUCCUUGUUUUUCCGGCAAAAGUAGCCCGUGUUCGACGAUUGAGGAAAAGAAUUUGUCCCCGCGUAAGAAUAUCACCUCAAAGAGUUCGACGCGAGUAAAUAUUCGAGAACUGUUCUCAUCGAGUAAAAGACCUCCACAGACCUCGGAGAAUACUCUUGUUAUAAACAAGCCAGAAGAUUGCCCUAAACAACAACAGCCGACGCAGGACCAGCCUCAGCAACACGAAAAUCCUCACGACGAGGAUUCAUCGAAAAUCAGCUGGAACGAGAUGGUCGAAAUGGAAAUACCCCUCGAAAUCUCGGUUGAAAAACACGAUCAAUAUGCACAGACUGACUUGGAGGAUGAGAACCUUACACUCGCAGAAGUUCGUGAAAAGCUCCGCAAGCAGGAAGAACAAGCCAACGAAAGUGCCCAGGAGAGUGAGUGUUCUGUAAUAAGCCGCGAGCCAACUGCCGUUGAGUUGACCAUAAAGAAACUAACUGCCAUGGAAAAUGAGAUCUUAGCCAAGGAUGCUAAAAAACCCGCCACCCCACCAACAACUGAGGUGAAAAAAAUCGAUCCAGUGAUGAAACCAAUCGACCCGAAAAAAGUCCAAAAUAGUCCUCUCAAGUAUUCCAGUGUUGUGAAUCGGCCUCCGGCUAAUCGAAUUGUUGGUGCUGCCAAAGUCAAUUCUACCCGUCCCUCCACAACUAGACCUGUUAAUACAGUGCAAUCGGUGCAAAAAUCACAGCCAGGUACGGCGGCGGCGCGUCGUUUUCCCAUUCCAAAGCCAGCGAAUAUCUCCACAAAUGCUCCCCGAAAGAAUCCCAUUUCGAAUGCUCCUCCGCCGUCGCAGCCGCUCUCGGCAAGAUCGAAUAUCAGAGCAUCGAAUACGGGAACUCGACUAGCGACACGAUCUCGGACAAUGAUUGAAAUGCCAAACAAGAAUCAGCGUCCAUUUCAGUCGAAGGCAGCUUCCAGGAAAUCAUCGAGGGAAGAUGUAACCAGUUCCAGCUCCACCCUGAAGGCGAGCAAUGAGAGAAUUGGCUCGUCUAAAGGCAGUGUUUUCGAUCCUCAGGAACGGCGUUCAGAGCCAAAACAGUUGACCAUAGAUUCCAAUCACAACGAUGGCGGAUGGUUGACCGUGAAGAAUCGUCGAAGGUCAAGUUUACAUUGGGCAAAUCGGUUCAAUCAGCCAACAGGUUAUGCCAGUCUGCCGACUUUGGCGCUGCUGAACGAGAAAGAAGAGCAGCUGAGAGAUGCCGAUAGGACAUCUCCUCCUCCUGCUCCGACAAAUCGACGAGCAUCGAAGGAAAAACUCGCAACGAAAGCAGCACCUAAAACAGCUUCAGAAAAGCCUGUCGGUAAGUCCUUGGCUAAGCCAGAAAUCAAGAAUGCCAAAGCGAAGGUUAAUUCAUUACCUCAAAGGGCACCUGUGAAGUCUAUCCUUAGCUCUGGAAGUGGGGUAAACUCUUCAUCAUCGUCAUCGGGAACGGCAUCGAAUACUCGUCAAACUUUCAUUAAACGACAAAAAUCCGACCUCACUGGUUUGAAGAUUACCUCGUUGCACAAGGAAUACAUGCGCAGUGAGAAGUUCCACAAGCUGCCGGGUCAAUCGAGAGAAAGCAUUGAAAAUAUGGAUAAGGAAAAUAUUUCGGAAGUGGCCAAAAGCUCCACUCCAGAUCUGGAUGGUGAUGCGAAUAAGAUUGACAUCAAAAUCCAGACAAACCGUGAUUUUUCCAAGGCUAUUGGUGAUCUCUAUCAAGCAGUAGCAGCCAAUCACACACUUUCGAGUUGUGACGAGAGCGAGGAGAAGGACGAUACAGAUUGUGAUGAGGAUCAGCGAAAGCUGCUGGAAGAAGAGGAGUCUCUAAGGAGGCAAAUCCGUGAAUUGGAGAAUACAGAAAUCGAUGUGGACACAGAAACCGAUGAAACUGACUGUGAGGUGCUACUCGAGAAGGAGCGGGAGUUCGAUGAUGAUGAUAACGAUUCAAGUCUUCUUUUUGUCGAGGAUGAGAAUCUCAGUUUGGAGACUCGCUAUCAAGCUUUGCUUUCGGAUAUGUCAUGGGGAGAACGCGAAGAAGCACUUGCAACACUGCAAGCCUACGUUAGCCGGCAUCCUGGGCGAGCUCAGGAGUUGCAUCAGAAACUAUCUAGUCCUUCGAGAAGGCGAUCACUCCAGGAGACUUUGAAAAAAUAUCAAGCUAAACAAAAUCGAGCCCAGCAGAAGCGUGCGGAUCUGCAAAAAGAGAAAGCAAUCAAGAUUCAGCACUUGCUGGCGCGAGUAGAAGACGUCAAGGCUGCCAAGCAGCAUUUGAUCGAAGAAAAACGCCUUAAAAUGGAAGGUCGCCUGCAAAGGGCUGCAGAGAACCGAAAUCAGUACCUCCGUCAAAUCAUCGAAAAAGCCCAUGACGAGGAAAAGAAACUGAAAGAGAUAAAUUUCAUUAAGAACAUUGAAGCCCAGAAUAAACGCCUGGACCUGAUUGAGUCUUCAAAGGAGACCGAGGUGCGUUUGCAAGAUCUCGAGCAGGAGCGACAAAAGCGUCUCGAGGAGAAGGCAGCUAAGGAAGCGGCUGUCGAGAGAAGAAGGCAGGAACUAGAACAAGCUCGACAGCGAAAAUUGGAAAAGAUGAAUGAGACUCGAUUGGAGAAGGAACAGCGAAUAGGAAAGAUGCAGGAACAGAAAGAAAAACAGCGCCAGGCACUGGCUCGAGAAAAGGCAAGGGACCGAGAAGAACGGCUGCUAGCACUACAGGUGCAGCAGCAACAAACCACAGAGGAGUUGCAGCGAAAAAUUUUACAAAAACAAAAAGAGUCAGCGCGGCGGCAUGAAGAAAAUAUUGAGCAUAUAAGACAGAGGGCUUUGGAGUUGACUAUUCCUGGACGAAAUGUCGAUGAAAAUGGCCAGAGGGAAGAUGGAGAAAAUGUCGAAGGAGAUACCACAAAUGGAGAUGGAGAUCUGUCUUCUACGGUUUCAGAUGUCAGCAGAGAACAUUCCAGGGGCUACAAGAAGAAGAUGAAGAAACUAAAGCAGAGAAUGGCAUUAAGCACCGAGGAGUACUUAAAAGAACUACAACCUGUUCCAAUGCACAUGAAGCGCGAAAGUCAAGUACCGAAAUUUUUGAAUCUCAUUGCCAAAGGAGGAGGUGCUCAGGGUCUUGAACGACCUUUAGGUCAACUGGUGCGAUUAAUGGCAAAAGCUCAAGUAUUUGACUUUCAGUGUUUCUUAUUGAUGGAUGGUUUGGGAAUCAUCACAAAUUGUGUCGUCACCAAGGGAAUUGAACCAAACUCGGAAAUUAGUAAAAAAGCAAUUAUCCUCGCAGUUCAAUUAUAUCGCAACGCUUGUACGUUAUGUCCACAAAUUGGUCGUCAUUCCAUUUUGGGAAAUUCCAUUACGGCGCUCUUUGAUUGCUUGUUCCAGAGUUUACAAUUACCAGAGGAGAAAUCUCCCCAGCAUCCCGUUGAGCUGUCCACUGAACUAAUGCUGGCUUGCACUGUGGCGCUAUCUCCAUCUUAUACCAAGAAGCACUCACACCCUAAAGUAUUGGAACGCCUACCGGAUCUUAUAAGCUAUGCGGUGACGACAGGUCUUGUUGAAAUCCUAUCCAGACGCUGCAUGAAGAUCCGAGAGUCAAUUGAACAGCAUCAGAGUGUCGUCCUGUCGUUGCUGGCCACCCUGGGAUUCCUGACGCGGUUCGUUGAUGUUUGUCCACCUGGCUCAGCAGAUUCAACACGUUUCCUUAGUGCGGCUAAAUCAACAGAGCUCUUUGGAUCGAUAUCGAUGUUGUAUUCCAGUGUGGUGCCAAUUGGUGAAUGCAUUCCACCGAGAACGAUUUCGUUAGCGGCUGCUACCUUUAAUUUACUUGUCUCAAUGGCUGUUUUAGAUUUAACUACUUUUCAGGAAGUCCUUUCGGGGGAAUCGCUUUCGUUGAAAUUUUUAGAUGUUGUAACCAUAUUGCUGAAAUAUUGUGGUAACAAAUGUUCGGCAAAUAAAAAUAGUGAAACCCAAGCUGUGAUCAUCGAUUUAAUUGCAACAAUUGGUUUCUUUUGUGCAAAUAAUAAAAAACAUCAAGACCUCUUAACCUCGGAACAAAGUUCCAUAAUAAUAAAGAGCUUAACCAAACUACCUGAACAUCUCAAUGUUGUCAUCUAUCCAUGCCUAGUCACUAUAACGUUCCAAAACGAAGAUGCCCGCAAAGUGAUCUCUCGUGACUUUAAUUUAGAGUUUCUUGAUGAAUAUAGCAAAUCAGAAAAAGCGAAAAAGAAUCAUUUGGUGGCUUUGUUGAAGGAAAAAACCUAGAAUGCUUGCUAUGCUAUGAUGCGAUGCAAUAUAUUGGAAGAUGAAGAGUCCCUUUUCCAUAUCCUUUGAAUCUUUAAUCUAAUUAUCCUUAAUAAUUGGUUUAACCUUUUUGUAUUAACCAUGACGUGAUAGCACUUAUACUUAAACAAAAUUAUCCUUUGUUUUCCUUCAUUCCCCCUUCUUCUGUUUCUUUUUGUUUACUAUAAUUUUUUGUUGAUGGUCGACAAACAUCACAUUUAUUCUAUAUUAAUUAAUAAUAAAUAUUAUGGUCCUUAAAUAACGUUCCCAUUUUGUAUAGUAUUUUAGGCUAGUUGCAGCUAUUUUAAAAAAAUUUAAAAAUUAAU